UAUAAACAAAACAUUUUCGUUUCCAUAGUAACUAAACAUUUUUAUCGCUUGUGUAUACAAAAAUUGGUAGGUAAAAAGUGCUAAGCGACAAACAAGCUUUAAGAUGACCUUUGAUGAUCAGAAAAACAAGGGCUUUAUUAAACAUCCUUGGCAAACAACGAUUAAGGAUCAGUUUGUUUCUUUCAUCAAAUAUGGACAUAACUCGAUAUACAACCCACACGAUAAAACAAAAGUAAAGCGAGAUUACCCUCCAACAAAGUUUACAAUAAUCGGAAACAGGAUUGCUAAAGAAUUUAUUUACUGUGUAAAAUUAGUAAGUGGACUUUACAAAUACAGAAAAAAUGAUUUCGAAGCUCCUGAAAUACGAGGUGUUAGUAGUGUGGAAUGGCCUCAAGUUUGGAACGAUUUGAAACUACAAUACGGAGGUCUGGCUUAUUGCAUUACAAGUGAAGUUGCAGUUGUUGUAAACAAAAAAAUUCUUGGCGGGGAAAAAGAGUUGAAAGAAUUAGUCGAAUCGAAGUACAACUACCACAUAUGUCCUGAUUACUACAAAGAAGCAAUUGGAGAAUUUACUAAAUAUGUUGACAAUACUGGAAGGCCUUUCGUUUACAUACACUUUUCUGUUGAGGGCGAUUAUGACAUUUCUGGAACUAUGAUUUUCAUGUUAUAUUCGGAUAUCGUACCAAAAACUUGCGAAAAUUUCAUGCGCUUGUGUAAAACGAAGAGAGGAGGUUACGCUGGUACACCUGUACAUCGAAUAGUGAAGGAUGGUUGGAUACAGUGCGGUGGAUUUAAUUUGAAAUCUACGCAUUUGGAUUGCGAGAAUUUUAUCAUACCUCAUGAUAGACGCGGAGUAUUAUGCAUGGCUAAUGAUGGCAGACACAAGGACUGUUCAACUCAGUUCUUCAUAUUACUACAACCUGCACCAUGGAUGGAUCACAAAUAUGUCGCGUUCGGACAACUUAUUGACGGAGAAAAGACGUUACAAAGGAUUGAAAAUGUUCCCACUUGGUACGAGAGUCCGACCUUAAAAGUUGUUAUAUGCCAAGCCGGUCUUCUAAACCUGCAUUGUCAAGAGCUGGUCGUUUGUAAGGGGAUUUACGAAUAUAUCCAAAACCAUAUAGAAGAUAACUAUGAAAUCGCUGAAUUUCUACGCGAGUUUAUAAUCGACACGUUAUAUGUUGAACUUGAUGACAUAGCGCUUGCUCGAAAAUUGAAAGAAGAGGAAGGAGAAACCGAAGAUCGCACGAAUGUUCGAGAAACGAAAAGAUUUAUACGCAAAAAAGAAGAUAUAGAGAAACAAUUAAAGAAAGGAGAGUCAGCAAAAGACGUGGAUAUUGAAUCCUUGAGCGAUGAGUUAGAAGAUUACUUUGUGGAAGGCUACGAGUCGACAAAUCCUUACAAUACCGAAGCAGGGGAGGAGGAAUCACAGAAGACAAGCACAUCCAUAGAAAGGCCAAAACAACUAUUUUACUUUCCAUUAGCAGAUGUACCUUAUCCUGAAGAAAUCAGUUCUACUCAUGAUUUGAAGAAAUUUAUUAAAGGCCAUUAUUGUUUAGAAUCGGACCUUUUAAAAGAAACGCCAACGAAGUCUACUAAGCAGCAUGUUGUGUCAUAUGCUUCAGAAAUAUUCCAAUUCGCCCAACCUUGUGAUUCUGAAAACGCGUCAUUGAGUUCGUUGGAGUCUGACGAAGAAAAGGAAAUUCGAAGAUAUAUCAAAUUCAAUGUUGAUCGUGUGAGCUUCGCUGGAGAUGUAGUUAGAGCUAUCGCUAGAGGCGGCGGCAAGUUAAAUUUAUUCGAAGGCAGAAAAUCUGAAAACAUCUCUGACGAGGAAAUUAGAAGAUUCAGAGAGAGUUCGAUAGAACGUCGAUUGAAAGAAGGUCGAGCAAAAGCGGCGAUGGAUCAUCGACCAUCGGAUAAUCAGGAAAAAAAAGUAUCUAUAAUUGUGCCCGAUUUACCUCACGCUGAGAUGAGAAUUCACAGGCGUCCGACAGGCUAUCCCAGGGCGGAGCUCAUCGAUAGGGCAAUGAUAAGCAAAGAUAGUAUAUUAAUACCGGAGGAGGAGGAGUCUGUUGUGACUAGCCCAUCAGGUCAUCAGCUGGACCUGAGGAAGGUCCGCAUAGCGCCCAUGGCGUCAUCAGCAAAGCCAACGACUCGCCAGCAGGCGGCCGCCAUAGCUCAAGACGCGGACUCGGACUCUGAGUUGCGGCGGCGCUCCGUGCUCACGCGACUGAUGAAUGACGUCACCACUAUGGAUCAGAUCGGACCCACUCUCAAAGAUUAUAGACCGAUGGCAGAGACGAAACAGGGAAACAUUUUGUUGACGUUAUCAAACAAUUUUGAUGACAAAAGCGACGACGAAAAAGAAAGAUACAUACAGCCGACAUAUAAAAUCGAAACGCCGUCUUUCGAUAGAGUAAUGAAUAUACAGCACGGUAAGAAAAUGGUGCGAAAAGUCUCCUCCGAUUAUGUGAAGACUUUGGGCCAAAUCGAACAAACUGUGGAGAAUUCUAUUCGGAGUAUAGAAUUCGCUAAAAAGAGACCUUCGUUAUCUGUGGCGCAGUAUCAAAAGAAAAAUCAAUUGAUGCGUCAAAGUUUGAAAGAAACUAAGGAUGAUUUAUAGAAAAUGAAAUUCCAAACGCCAAAGCGAACUAAAUUUUGAAAAUAUUACUUUUGUAUUGUCAUAUAAAUAAAUAUUUUUUUAUUA